AUGGGUCUGCUGCACCUUCACAUUGACGGCAAAGUCUUCCGAGACUCGCGCAAUCGAGAGGUUACAUUGAGGGGUAUAAACGUUGCUGGCGAUGCGAAAUAUCCCAAAUCGCCGGAUCUUCCCUCUUUUGUUUCGGACAAGUUCUUCGAAGCCGACGAUGUCUCGUUUGUUGGACGUCCCUUUUCCCUUGAAGAUGCACAUGUGCACUUCAAAAGACUUCGUAAAUGGGGAUAUAACACAAUUAGGUACAUCUUCACUUGGGAAGCUAUCGAACAUUCGGGUCCCGGGAAGUAUGACGAUGAGUGGGUUACCUUUACCAUCCAAGUUCUCCGCAUAGCAAAGCAAUAUGAAUUUUAUGUUUUCAUGGACCCCCAUCAGGAUGUGUGGUCUCGGUUGUCUGGUGGCUCCGGAGCACCAAUGUGGACUUUUUAUGCUGCGGGUCUGGACCCGAAGGGCUUCAAGAAGACCGAAGCCGCCCUCGUCCAGAAUACUUACGAUAUCCCUGCUGAAUUUCCGAAGAUGAUUUGGAGCACAAAUUACACUCGAUCGGUCUGCCAAACGAUGUUCACUCUCUUCUGGGCAGGUCGCGACUUUGCUCCGAAAGCCAUCAUCGACGGGGUCAAUAUUCAGGACUAUCUGCAAAAUCACUUUAUAGCAGCCUGUAGAUACCUCGCUCAGAAGAUACACGAUGCAGGCGAUCUUGAGAACGACGUGGUCAUCGGCUGGGAAAGUAUGAACGAGCCUAACCGCGGCCUGGUUGGCGUGCAGGACAUCUCCAUCAUUCCGCCGGAGCAACAAUUACAACUUGGAACAUCACCCACAGCAUUCCAGGCAAUGCUAACGGCUGCUGGGCGAGCAUGUGAAGAAACGACAUGGGGCUUUGGUAACUUCGGUCCCUAUCAGACUGGCCGGGAGCUCGUGGACCCAGAAGGCGAAUCUGCCUGGCUACUACCUGAAGAUUCCGCUAUUGAGCAAAAAUACGGAUGGAAUCGCGAUUCAGGAUGGAAGCUAGGAGAGUGUCUCUGGGCUCAGCAUGGUGUAUGGGACACAACUAGUGAUACGCUCCUCCAGAAGGAUUAUUUCUCAAAGGUUCCUAAAACAGGGGAGAAGCUAGACUACGAGGUCUUCACUAAUACCUACUUCCUCAACCACUACCGAGCCUAUAGAGAUGCAAUCCGUGCGGUCUGGCCACAGUCAAUUAUGCUUUGCCAGCCGCCAGUGAUGGAGGUGCCGCCUGACCUGAAGGGGACGGUGGAUGAUGACCCUAAUAUGGUGCAUGCGGUCCAUUUUUAUGAUGGACUUACUUUGAUGACGAAACACUGGAAUCGUCUUUAUAAUGUCGAUGUGAUUGGUGUUCUUCGGGGCAAGUAUUGGACGCCUGCAUUUGCUGUCAAGAUUGGAGAGACUGCAAUUCGAAACUGCCUGCGAGAUCAGCUCAAGUUCCUCCGUGAGGAGAGUUUGAACUACAUGGGCAACCAUCCACUGCUCUUUACAGAAAUUGGAAUCCCCUACGACAUGGAUGACAAGAGCGCCUACAAGACAGGCGACUACAGUAGCCAAACCAGUGCUAUGGAUGCUAAUCACUAUGCGCUGGAGGGAAGCAUGGGCAAUGGGUUCACCUUGUGGGUCUAUGCAACCGAGAACAAUCAUCAAUGGGGUGAUUUCUGGAACGGCGAGGACCUAUCCAUCUGGUCGAAUGACGAUCUUGAGCUCCCCGGCGGCGGCGAUACCCGCUCGCUUGAUCCCACCUCUCCCGCCUACUCUGAAAGCCAUAGUAAUGGGGACCAGCCGCAAAUUGACACCCGCAAUCUCAAGCGAGCGUUGACAUCUCCUUCUAUCUCCAGUAGUCUUUCUCGAGCUCCUAAAGGCUACCGUGCGGCGGAGGCCUACCUCCGACCCUCUCCAAUCUACGUGAGUGGACAGUUGGAGAGCCAUCUCUUUGAUCUCCAAAGCUGCACCUUCACGAUGUCCUUGACGGCACAAGCGGCAACUAUUUCGGAAGCGCCUACAGAGAUCUUCCUCCCGGAGUUCCAUUUCCCAGAGGACCAGACGGCGAUUAGCGUGAGCGGCGGGAAAUGGGAACUUGAUGUGGAGGAAUCCACCAGGAUCCAACGGCUACUAUGGUGGCAUGCGGAAGGGGAGCAAGAGAUUAAGAUUGAGGGAGUCAAACGCAAGGUCGGCGAAUAUUCUAAUUCGGUCGAGGAGGUGAGCUACCUGGAGCAGUGUCAGCGGGGACAAUGUGUUCUGAUGUGA